GCCGGUACCAGUCCAUCCAGUCUGAGUCUAGAGCCUGUACGGGCAAUAUCAGAGUCUGCAAUGAUGUUUCCCUCCGAAAGGGAGGAGGUACCAGUUGCUUGGGAAGCCGAGCGGCCUGGAAGUCACCGCCCAGGAGGCAAGCAGGCCGCUAUAUCAAGAGGCCGAGGGAAGAGCUCGGCCUCAUUCUUCAGUGUGCGAGUUGGGCGUCACGCUGUUGGAGCACUGGUUGGAAGAGCGCUGGCUGCUACAGCGCUGCUGGGAGGAAGAAGCCGGGAGCUUCCACCUCGGCUAUGGUGGAGCUCGGCCAGUAGGAGGAGGAGGGAGAAGGGGACCAAGGAGGAGAGUGACUUCCUGGACCCCAUGCACCACAAGGCGGCGACCGGGCGUGACUCGAUCAAUCUUGAUGGUUGGAUGCUUAGCAGGGAGGCAAAUGUUGCCAGUUUCAAAAGAUGUGCUCGUGACACAGACAUUGCCAUUGUGGAAGGAGUUAUGGGACUCUUUGAUGGUAGAGAUGGAAAAAGUGAACGAGGAAGUACGUCGGAGAUGGCAAAGUUUCUUGGUGCACCGGUUGUCCUGGUGUUGGAUUGUUGGGCUCUUGCCCGUAGCGCGGCUGCAAUGAUUCAUGGAUUCACAACGUUUGAUCGGGACCUUUCAUUUGCGGGUGUUGUUUUCAACAAGGUAGGUGGUCCUGCUCACAGUGCAUGGCUUCGAGAGGCGGUAGAGGGAGCGAACGUUGGUGUGACAGUGCUGGGUGGCGUGCCAAGAACACCGGGUAUCAACAUUCCUGAGCGGCAUUUGGGCCUCCAUAUGCCUGACGACCAGGGCAUAUCUGCAGACUACAUAGCACGGCUGGCUGACCUGAUGGAGCUUCAUGUGGACCUGGAUGCAAUCCUUCAGCUCGCGGCAACUGAUCAGGGACUCCGUGCUCUUCCGCCAGUGCCAAAUUCUUAUCAUCAUCAUCAUCAUCAUCAUCAAAAUCAUGUUCAUCACCAUGACCCUUCCCAGAAUCAUCAUCAUAAUCAUCAUAAUCAUCAUGAGCAGCCCCAGCAGCCCCAGCAGCAGAUGAUCACCUUGCAAACCCACCAACAGACUGUUGGUGCUCUUAACAGCCAAAGGCGUAGUGUGCGGAUAGGUGUUGCAAAGGAUGCCGCCUUCUGCUUCUAUUACCAUGAAAACCUUGCUCUCCUUGAAGAUGCUGGGGCUGAGCUUGUCUUUUUCUCACCUUUGAAGGAUCCACUUCCUGGGCAGCUUGAUGCAAUCUACUUCGGUGGGGGAUAUCCUGAGCUUCAUGCAGAGGAGCUGUCACAGAAUACGCGCUUGAUGUACGCUGUUCGGGCCUUCGCAACGGUUGGAGGCAUCAUUUAUGCAGAAUGUGGAGGCCUGAUGUAUCUAUCUCAGGGAAUACAGACAAAGGAUGGUGAAAAAUUUGCAUUGUGCGGAGUGCUUCCUUUCUGGACAAGGAUGGUGCAACGAAUGGUCAUGGGGUAUGUGAAGGUUACACUGCACGAAGGCUGUAUGCUGUUCCCACCAGAUCUAAAGGAGCUGAGAGGGCAUGUCUACCACUUCAGCGAGAUUGCAGAUGAUAUGAGCAGCAUUGACAACUCCUUGAUGGGCCAUGACUCUGGGGCUCUUCAUUAUGGAUAUUCUAUGGAGUUGCAGUAUCCUGGAGCCAUGGUGGAGCAGGAGGGUUACCAAAUAGGGAAUGUCCUGGCAUCAUAUGUGCAUCUGCACUUUGGAAGCAAUCCUGCCUGCGCGCAUUUCUUCGUCGAGCGAUGCAGAUUGCGAGGAAAGGAGAAAGAAGAGAUUUGAUUUGGAUUUGUUGGCAUCCUUCAUGUAUGGUCAUGGAUGGAGUUCAUGGAAUAGGAUUGCGGCUUAACCUUUCUUCAGAGCUGUCAUGAUUUUGACGUGAAGGGUUCAAGUCACCGGCAUUGAUCACAUAGCAGGGCAAGGAGAGCUGCAACAUGGAGUGUGCACAUGCAGGCUUAGCUUGGAGGGAUUCACCGCUUAGCAUGUUCUGCUAUGUGUAUAAGAGUAGGGAAAUCUUCUUCCUAGAUGGAUUGAGAGUUCAGAAAAGAACAGGAUUGCGAUGUAGUAUUCUCUGGUGACCAGUACUCUUUCUUUUGCGUGAAAGAAAUAGGAUUGCGCCUUAUAUCAGUUUUGGAACUAUUUGCAUUUUCGA